UUAUGUACUUAUUUUGAUUAUUUAUAUCUUUCAUGCAUGAAACUAAUAAUUUUAAAGUGCUCUUGAUCAUAGUGUAAUGGCUGGUAGGGUAGCAUGGUCUGAUGACAAUACAAAUUAUUUUUUGGACAUAUGCUUGGAGAUGAAAGCAGGUGGACUAUCAAAGGUUAAUUGGGAUAGAAUAGUGAGUAAUUUGAACGUUAAAAGUGGGAAGAAUUUCAAUAUUAAACAAGCAAGAAAUCAUUGGGAUGAUUUAAGGAAAAAGUUCAAAAUUUGGAAUGAAAUGGAACUCAAUUGGACCGGUCUUACAUUUGAUCCUAUUACUGGUUGUCCUGUAGUUGAACAAGAUGAUAGGUGGAAUAUAUUUGUAAAGAAACAUAAAGGUUUUCCAGCGAGAUUCCUAAGGAGACCAUUGCCUCAUCUAGAGAAGUUACGGGCACUUUUUUCAGGGUCUUUUGCUACUAGCAAAUGGAGUUUUUCUCCCGGAUUAGGUGGGGAACAAAUUGGUAAAGAAAAUGAGGAAAGGUCCGGGGACAAUGAUGAAAAUAUAGGAGAUAUGGAAAUAAGUAGGGGAAUAAAUAAUUCGGAUGAUGAACAGAGCAUUUCACCUCCUAAAAGUACCUCGUUGGGGAAACGUAAGAGUGACGGGUGUACUAGUAAACUUAAAAAAAACAAGAGUAGUAACAUUGACUCUUGUAUAGAGUUGUUGAAAAUGUCUAUUGAAACUAAUUGUAAGCAAGGGAGUGGUAAUAAGUAUAAAGAUGUCUCAGAUGCUCUAUACAAUAUUGAGGCUAUUGUUCAACAAGGAGAAGGAUUUAUUUACCAAUGUAUGAAUUUUCUUCAUCAUGACGAUAAUGCAGAUUUCUUCUUAGGUCUCCGAAGUGAUGAUCAGAAGAUCAUGUAUUUGAAGACAACAUUUCAAGAUCCAACAUUGGGUGGUCCUUAAUUAGGUUUUUUGG